UAAAUUAUAGGGAAAACACAGGACUGACAUCUGAGAAAAGCCAGCAGCUGCCGGAAAAGACUGAAGUUGAGAAGUUCAACAAUUAAGUGCUCAGAAUCUCCAGUGAAUUUCUCAGCAAAUCUACACAGCACAAGCAAUGACUCUACAGACAUUUCACCUAUUUCUGCAGCAUGUAUCUGCGUUUGCUGCUAUGGCUCUCCUCAUGACUUUGAGUGGAGAGUCCACAGAGAUGCCACAGGGCAGUUUGUCUGCUGCACAGAACCAUUCAGCAACGUUGGAGAACUCUACUUCUAGCCAAGAACUUGAGAUGCCAAGAGUUCUGAAGUUGCAGAGAUCUUGCACAUCAGAUCACAAUGACUUUUGUAUGAAUGGUGAUUGCCAUUACAUCCCAGAUACAGACACACCAAGCUGUAGAUGCCCUCCCACACAUGUUGGGGAACGUUGUGAACACCUGUGGCUGACUGUAGACCAGCAGGGCCAAGCUAGUCCUGAGGAGAUCAUUGGCAUCUGCCUGGGUGUGGCAUUGCUGCUGGGCUGUCUCACUGGCGCCAUCUACUGUUGUGUGAAGAAAAGAUGUAAGAGGGAGUCUCUCCCAUAUAAAACCUAUGAUGGCAAAGAAGAUGUUUGACUGAACCCUACACUUCAUUUCACUUCACUUGUUUCACUGAACUUAUUUAUUGAUAAAUUAAUUGUCAUGUAUUAGAUAUUUAAUAUUUCUAAUAAACUUACUAAAUAUA